UUACGCUUAUAUUUCGACAGUUUCAUCAUGAACACCAGGAAGAUAGGAUAUAGCAAAAUAAUUUCAAACUCAUCCUAGCUUUACACAAGACUAUAGAACAAACCAAUAGCUCCGAUAUCACUUGUGAUAUAAUUAAGAAAAAAAAACUUUAAAAAUAAUCUACCAUCUGUUCUUUGAGUCGUUGUAUCUACUAGAAUUUAAGCCUGUAGCCUCAUCAAUAAAAAAACAUUUAAAAUGAUGACCUCCGCAGAAGUUAACAGAUCUAUGCAAGUCGACCCAACAUCCAAGACACCGUAUUCUGACGCGACGCAGACGAAGAAGCACAAGAAGAACUACGUGAAGAGACCGAUGAAUGCGUUCAUGGUUUGGUCCCAGCUGGAGAGAAGGAAGAUUAUAAACAGGAACCCAGAUUCUCAUAAUGCUGAGAUAUCCAAGAACCUGGGGAAAACCUGGAGAACCCUCUCCGAGGAGGAGAGACAACCCUUCAUAGACGAGGCUGAGAGGUUAAGAUUACUCCAUCAGAAGGAGUAUCCAGAUUACAAGUAUAAACCAAAGAAGAAACCAAAGUUUCCUACUCUGGUAAAAUAUUCCGCCGAACCGAUAAGAAAGCUGAAAGCAGUGAAAGUAAAUUUUCCAAAACCCGCCACACAACGUCCCGCCUCUAAUCGGCGGUUGUCCAACCUUCCCGCCAAGCGGGAGAGCUUGACCCUUGUUAUCAAGGGCGUGGUUGGAGGGAGCGUCUACCCCGUGGUUUCGGGUGUUAAACAAGGCGUUCCUGGAAGCCCCGCCUCCCCACUCAAUCAAAACAGUACAGUUUACGAUGCUAGCUUCAAGCAGAGUUGUAAUACCAGUCUAACUGGAUCCGAACUGAACCUUAAGUCUGAACCCCUCUCCCCUCUAGAAGAUAUGAUGGACCCGUUCCUUACUCGUCGUCUUUGCAUGAGUGAACCCCUAGUCAUCAAGAAUAUUAAAGAGGAGAUCAGAGAUGAGUACUGUCUAGCAGACCUGGAUACACUAACCGACCUUCUCCAGGUCCCAGUUCAUGACUCCUGGGAGUCAUGCUCCUCAUCAUCCAUCUCGACCUCAUCCACCGCCUCACACUUCGAGUUCUCCGCCUCGGAGUUAGAGUUGGGGGACGUGCUCCCGGGUAGCCUGCAGGAAGACUACGACUGGAUGGACAAUAUUAUGAGAAUUUAGUCAAGCUUAGUUUAUUCUUAUUAGAUAAAUUAUUGACGAGUAAUAUUCUAAAAUUAUCCAUACUACUCUCUCUCUCUCUAUCUUUAUAUGUUAUAUUAUCCAUUUAAUCAUAUACCAACUUAUUGUAGAUUAGUUCAACCCCGUAUUUAACCAUUUUCGAACUAAAUCACAUUUUUUGAAGCUUACUUAAUCAAAUGUACUCCUCUGAUAGCCACACUACUAGAUUUGAUAUUUACCGUUCUUUCAACCCUAUAUAUUGAUCCAAAUACCGUUGAGUAUUCAAAUUUCAACAUUAAAAAUGUCGUGAAAAAAAUCCCAUUUUUCAGCUCUGAAAAUAAACACUGCCUGUCUACGAAUUGUUCAUGGACUUUGAUAGGUAAAAUAUAGGAGACGAGCCAUCGCGAGUAUUUUUUUAGUCAGUACUACCAUGACAUGUACGCCGUAAUAGACAGCUUUAAUUCAUCAACAAUCGAAGGAAUACUGGACAACUCAAAAGUUUUGCGGUUUUUUCUUUAAACUUGCCUCCCGCCAUUUUUUGGAAUCUUAGUUUUUAAAUGCACGUUCAAUCCUUUGCUAUUUAAUUUUAAUCUUUAGCUCGUCUAAAGAAAUACAAUUUUUGUCAAAAUGUUGGCCAAUUUCUUGCUCGGUUGUUGAGUCCUGGCUUCUGUCUCGUCUAUAUUUUACUGCCCUUGAUAAAACCAAUUUUCUACAUUUAUAUGUACUGCAUCAAAACUAUAUUACACAAUGUACCUACAUUAAGAAUGUUUGAAUGCAAGCAGGAAUUAUCAAAAAUAAAAACUACAGCCGAUUUAAAGCCUUCUCUGAGGGUGCCCGAUCCCCCUACGAGGCUGUUUAAUAAUAAAUAAAAGACUGCGUUUGAGCUUUUUUUCAUUCCUUUAUGUUCACAUCGACGCCCCUCGAUCUUCAAUUCACACAGGAGAAAAAAUCUAAAAUUCUGCCAUUUUGACGCAUAGUGUAUAUUGUAUACUUCUCAUGUUUUAUGUCCUUUCAUUAUUAAUAUGAAUUUAUGUGAUACAAGAUAUUUAAAUAUUUUUUAGUGAUAAAAUGUGAAAGAUAAUAGAUAUAUGUCAUCAA